UCCUGUGAUUAUAAUGAAGUUAACAAAAAUUCCAAUGAGGAAAUGCAGUCUGAGAUUGAAGACAAUGAUGCUGAAGUUGUGGCUGAAGUUGUGGAAAAAGUUGAAUACUUGAAUGUACAAUGCAUGUCAGUGACACCACCAGAUUCUGUCAUGAUUUCUGAAAUGGAGACUGGUAAUACCAGAGGCAUCAGGGCCGACUGCCUUUCUCAAGGAACGAAUUGUGAUGGUGAAAAGUCAAAGAACGGAGCCUUUCACAGAAACGGUGGUCGAGAUACUGAUAAAAGCUUAGACACAAGUCCUAAGAACAAGUUGGUCCCAAACCAACAGUUGCGUCCGAUGUUAUGUAAAAUCCCAGGUUCAUUCAGUUAUCGAAGGUUGCUUCAGUUUUUGAUAGACUUAACAAAUGAUAACUCCUGUGCUUCUAGAAAUGAUCAGUCAUUGAAGGUUGACAAGAGUUCUAAAGAAAAGCCUAUUUCACUAGUCUUUAGUUCUGGCAAAAGUCCCGCUGUAGAGCAGUAUACGAGUGAUGGCAUUCGGGCGCCUGUGACUGAAGCAACUGCUAUAGGAUCAUCUAGCGAUAAACCAACACGAUCUCCACCUAAACAACUUGCUGGCUCCUUGCUGAUACCAGAUUCACAACAGGAACAUGCAUCGGUUGUUAAACAUGCUGCAUUGGUGGAUGCAAACCAAGAGUUAGAAACUAGCCCCAAACAUGUGGUUGAGCCAUCAGCCAUGUCAUCUAGUCCUCUCAUCAAUUCUGGAUUGUUCCGAAGAGAAGAAGCUUCGAAAUUAGUGUCUUGUCGUCUAACGUUUGAAACCGAAGGGGAUACCACAAAGUCUACUGCAAAAUGUGUAAAUCAAGUAAAGCCAAUAGAAGCUGAUAGCUUGGGAGAAGCAUCUAUUCCUAUAGGAUUUCCUAUUGUCGGUCUCAAAAAGGGAAUCCUUAAAAGAAAUCCUCCUGGAUGCAGAGGUAUUUGUUCUUGUCUGAACUGCACAUCUUUCCGGCUUCACGCAGAGAGAGCAUUCGAAUUCUCAAGAAAUCAGAUGCAAGAUGCUGAAGAAGUGGCAUUGGAUUUUGUUAGAAAAUUUUCGGCCACUGACGGCGAUCGACGUCGGAGCACGGUUGUCGGUCGGCGACUGGUUUCCCUCAGACGAGGGAAACUUAGAGAGAAGAGAGAGUAA